AUGGCCGUGGCGAAGAAGUUGACGAACAAGUGUGGUUGUGACAAAAAUUAUUGCACUAAACACGGCGACCCUUGCGGUGAUGCUAACUGUAAGGUGUUCAAAUCAUGCUGCCCCCCAAAUUGCCAGUUUUGCGUGAAGAAAGAAUGUAUAGAGGGAGAGAGAUGUAAAUGUUAUUUUUGUGAAUGUGAUUGUCAGAAAGAUGAUGAAGUGAAGAAAGGCAACAAGCUCUGCAAGAACUCCACGGCAUGUAAGCUCUGCGCGGAGAAAUGCAAAGAUGUAAAAGACAAAAGGUGUUUAUGUUUCCUCUGUAAUUGUGGAGACCACUGUGAUGGCGUGAAUUGUCAGUGCUGUAAAUGGUGUAAUCCGUACAGCAGGUGCCCGGGUCCGGACAAUUGUGACCAAAAGGAGGACAAACAUGACGAAAAAGAAUGCAACAAAGGCAUGUGUGCCAGAUCCCCAGGUACAUGUGGUGUAUGCGUCUGCAAAGAUAAGGUCAAAUCCGCCUCCGCAGAAUGCUCGGAAUGCAAGUGCAGCUGCAACGGCGACUGCCCAAGAACCAAAUGCUUCAAGGCCAAACAUGGCCCUAAGCACAACUGCGACUGCACAACUGAUAAAUAUGCUGUGAAAUGCGUAUGCGAAUGCACCUGUAACUGUAGUUCCUACGGCCAGCAUUACUGCUCAGAGCACAUAGAUAUUAGCGAAUGCUCCGGCAAAGGUUGCAGCACAGUCAUCUACUACGCUGGCAGAUGCCGCUUCAAGUGCACAAAUUGCGGCAAGCUGUGUUCCCAAGAUGAAUUUAGGCGCCGAUGCUAUAUAGGAGUACCCAUACUUUUAAUCGCAGUGGCUAUCAUUGUUGCCUGGCGCAAGUAUCCCGAGAAAUUCCGCAAGGUGUAUUACAAACUAAGUGCUGCAACUACCAACUCGUUUAAAAGUUCCGGCGCAUCCACGAAUCUUGCCGGUGGAAGGAUUCACGAGGAGAUGGACACUGAUGAAUACUCCGCCUUCCCGUUUAAGGGCCUGAUGUAG